CCGUCCGACCGUCAUGACAUAUCGCUGCGACGAUGGCGGCUGUGCGCGUAUGUCGUGUGCUUGUCUUGGCGUGCGCGCUCUGGGAGGCCAAAUCCGUGCACGAGCAUUUUGGUAAGCUCGCGCCCGCCAGCCCACCCGCCUUUUGUUGUCACCCUUCGCUUCAUCUGCAUAGUCAUGUGCGCGAGCGUAACGUGCGCGACCAGGAAGCAUCGUGAAUUCUCGUCUUAUUGUCGUCAUUGUUCUGUUUCGCGCGUGCUUGCGAGGUCAUGACGUCAUUAUAUAGCUGACGGGCACGCGCACAGCUGCACAAAGACCAAAAUAGGAAAGAGGCUAAAAUGGCGGUGUAUGUUGCUCCGUGACGUCUGAGCGACCGAACGCACGUCUUCAGGCCACACUCAUCACGCGUCCAUCCCUAGAGAUUUGACUGGGUGUGUGGGCUUUGCAGUUGGGCUUCUUUUGAAGGCUGUUAGUAACCAGGCAACACCGCCAGCAGGUCAGACAGGUCACAUGACAAACAAUGUUGUGUGAUGACAUUUCUAGAUGUGCUUAGCAUCUAAAAUGGAGUGUGGAAAAGCAGCAUUUCUCUCCGUGUGUGUGUGUGUGUGUGUGUGUGUGUGUGUGUGUGUGUGUGUGUGUGUGUGUGUGUGUGUGUGUGUGUGUGUGUGUGUGUGUGUGUGUGUGUGUGUGUGUGUGUGUGUGUGUGUGUGUGUGUGUGUGUGUGUGUGUGUGUGUGUGUGUGUGUGUUGCACCGCAGAAGUCCAAAUCAAAGUCCAGGUGUUCGACAACAGCGACCUGUCUCCGCUGGCCGACGCCCUGGUGGAGGUCCACGGCAACCAGAGCGCCUUGGCGACGGCUCGCGCCGGCGCCGACGGCACGGCGAGGGUGGACUUUGACUACCGGGCGGCAAGCUGGGUCAUCAUUAGCGCCGCCAAAGCAAACUACGUCACCAACUCGGUGCCCUGGUACUCGGGCCGCCCGCCACUGUACGCCUCCGUCAGUUUGUACCUUCUGGUUCAUCGACCCGGCACGCUCAUUCUGUACGAUGACGUCCUUCAGGUUCUGUCUGGCUCGCCAGGUGGCGGCGAGCGCGCUGUGGCGCAGCUUCCCCGGAAGUCACUGCACCUGCCGCCCGACUCCAACGGGACGGCGCUGACGGCCUCGCUGACCGCCGCCAGGACCCGUGACGAGAUGGGCGGAUUCCCCUUCCUGCUGGCCCGCGAGACCAACGGCUCAGGCGGAGAAUCCGGUUGGACCGGCUUGACACCGCUGGCGCUGGUGGGCUUGGAGCUCUCGGACGAGGACGGCCGUGCCGUCCCCGUUUCGGACCCCGUCCGGGUUUCUGUGCCGCUUCCGUCCGACACCCGCAACAGGAUGGCCACCAGCGUGCCCACGUGGACGUACCGGCGACGUUGGGGCGUGUGGGUGCGCAACGGCACGGGCUACAUCCAGAAGGAAGGCUCGCACUUUGUGUGGAAGGCGGUGCUUCCGCAGACGGGCUACUGGCUGGCCGCCUUCCCCACCUCCUCGGGGCUGGGACCGGGCCACCCGGGCAUGAGUGACAUCGGCACCUACCACGCCCUCUUCCUGCUGGCCGUCCUGGGCUCCUUGGCCCUGCUGGUCCUCAUCCUGCUCUGCGUUCUGCUCUACUACUGCAGGCGCAGGUGUUUGAAACCUCGUCGGCAGCUCGGCAAGCCUCUCCCGUCCAAUGGCGCCAAGCGGGACCAAGGCACAUCCACAUCUCGCCUCAAUCUCAUAUGCGGCCCUCUCGUGGAGUCGGGUCCGUCCGGCGACAGGUCGGAGCCGUCCCCCUCUCGGGACUACCGGAGCCCCGGCGAGGACCUGGCCGAGCACGCGGCCGCUCGCAAGCUGCGCCGCGCCGCGGGGAAAAGCGAAAACCUGGCCGUGAACGCCACCGCCAGCAGCAGCAACAACCUGGACAACCCGCUGCUGCGUCAAGACUACGAGCGGGGCUACUCUCCCGCGGAAGGCGGCGAGUCCGACUAUCGCCGGCACCGCGGCGCCAACGACAACGGCGGCUAUUCGUCCGACCCGCCGUCUCCGCCGCCCUUCCGAGGCUACCUGCCGAGCCAGCCCGACAAACCUCCGGAAUAUUCGGCGGCGCCACCCGACGGCCUGGCCCGGCCCACCUCCCUCAACACCCACCCGGGCCAGAUCAUUUUCUGCGGCUCCAUCGACCAGAUGAAGGAGAACAUGUACCGCAGCAUGGUGCCCACCCUGGUGAUCCCCGCCCACUACAUGCGCCUGCCUUCCGGCGCGGACCCCAAGGAUGGCGACAAGGACGGCGUCACCGCCGGAGGGGCCCGACACGAGCCGCAGCAGCAUCAGGGUGGCCCCCGCCGGGACGAACCCGAGGACCCCGGCUGGGCGUCAGACGCCUCCGGCGGAGCCGUGGCCAUUCCGGUGCUCUUCGACGGCUCCACCAUGGCCCAGAUGAACGGAGAGCUGCAGGCCCUGACCGAGAAGAAGCUUCUGGAGCUGGGCGUCAAGCAGCACCCGCGGGCCUGGUUCAUCUCCUUGGACGGCCGCGCCAAUGCCCACGUGCGCCACUCCUACAUUGACGCCGGCGCCAACGACUUGGGCGGCGGCGGGCCCGGAAGCUCCCCGAGAGACGCCAACCUGGAGGCUCCCGAGCGCAAGUCAAAAGACCAACGCUGGGAGGCGGGACGCAAGGGACACGGCGGGGCGGGCAAAAGCUACUCCAAGCUGGCCUACCCUGACCCCCCCGCCGGCGAAGGCCGCCCCGCGUCCCCUGAGGAGAACUCGCUGACGCCGCUUCUGGACCAGGGAGCCUCCGCCGUGCCCCGGAAAGGCCGCGACGGCGACAACCGCCGCCGCUCCGGUCCCGACGAUGAGGACAAGGAGGAGAACCGCAAGAGUCCCUGGCAGAAGAUUGAGGACAGGCCGCUCAUGGUUUUCCAUCCCAGGAAGUGACAAAGCCCUUUGGGCCACAACUGCCUGCCUGCCUGCCUGCCUGCCUCCCUCCCUUCCACUCCUGACCCCGCAGCGCCGGGCGCCAUUGGAAUCUUGGACCGGCUGCUGCUUCACAAGUAGCGUGUGCACACUUUUCCCUCUUCACUUGUGGCACACAGAAAUGUUGGAAGAACAUUGCUGGUGAGACCCGAGCAGCCGUUGUGUGGAAUGGUCUCACGCGGGAGGACAAAGCGCACAAUGGUCUUUCCGUGUCCUCAUUGGCAAGAAGCACAAGCGCGCGGCUUUCUGAUUGGUCGCGCGUAUACUUUGACCCCCCCAGCCCACGCCCCCCUACCUCCCUCCCUCCCUCCCGAGAGGGCCGCCUCCUCCGAGUGCCUUCUUCUCUGGCCCGGAGGGUUGCCACGUUUUGGCCAGCGCCAAUCUUGCUUUGGACCUCGGCCUGCAUGUUUUCAUUGAAAAGGUCACAAAAUUGACUUCCGGUCGGUGGUCCAAGUUUACACUAACUUCUUCUUCUGCUUCUUAUUGAAAAUCCAACCUUUGUGCUCAUGUGCUGUUUUGUGUUUGUGUUGACGUUUGAUGAGCCACAAUGACCGCUGCACUUGUUUCCUUCUUCUUCUUCUUCUACUUCUUGUAAGGAUGAGGAGCCCCAUUGUGACGUUUGUGUACAAAGGAGAAAUAAAUGUGUUCAUCACUCGCUGGUGGAAGCUUCAUGGUAAAGAAUGGAAAAUGAACACCCUGCCAGACGAAUGUUCAUUGCACAAUACGCUUGAGCUUCUUGACAGCCAUUUCUGUAAAAGCCCAAUAUUAUAUGAUUGUUAAAAAAAAAUCCUUCAAUUCUUGUCAGUAAAAUACUCACUUGCAUAAAAUUGAACAUCAUAAUUGCAUUGUGGUGUAUACCGAUUUUAGAAUAUAGUUUACAAGCUACUGUUUACACAAUCACAAUCAUUUCAGGCGACAAAUGAAAAAAAUGCGUCAGGAAGCCAUUUUUGGGGGCAUGUGGUGUGGCCAAAUUCAAUAAACUUUGAAAAUGUA